GGAACGCAAUUUAAACUUAUCAGAUGGAGGAAGAAACUGGUACGGAACAACUAGAGACUCAAACAGGUGGGGAAACCGUAGAAGAACAAUCAGAUAAUCCUGUAGAAACCGAAACUUUUUCGAAUCAGUAUUUAGAACAGCUUAUCUUGUCAUACUUUAAACAUCAUUGUUUUUCCAAGACAGCAGAGUCUUUUGCUAGUGAACUUGCUGGGGAGGUCAAAGUAGAGCCUAUUUCAGUAACGACUACUGAAAGUUUGAAUGUUUUGAUUCCAAGACAAAUACAGUUACUGGAUAAACAAGAACUGGAAUUAUUGGAUUUGAGAAAAAGGGUAUGGCAACUGAUAAAGAAAGGAGAUUGUUUAACGGGUUUGGACUGGGCUAAUGUUGUACUACGUCGCAGUAUUCAAGGCAGUGGAACAACACAGUUCAAGCCUGAAGACGACUGCUUGGAGACGUAUUUUCCAAAGGUUGCCUUUCGAGUUUUUUGUCAUCACUUUGUAGAAUUGAUACGUCAAAACAAGCCUUUGGAGGCAUUAUCUUUUGCGAAAAGCAAACUUGGUCCUCUUUGCGAUACUGAUUCGAGUUUUAUCGAAAGAUUCCAGGACUAUUUAGCUCUUUUGGCGUAUGAAGAUCCCGAAAAGUCUCCCGAGUUUCAUCUCAUGUCUUUGGAAGAACGCGACGAAACUGCAGAGGAAGUCAAUGGCUGUUUAGUUAACUUUCAAGUGUAUUAUUCUUUAGGGAUUCUCGGAAGGUUCUCUUUGUUGGAAAGACUAGUUCGUCAACUAGGGGUAACGAUGGACACACUAUCCGAACUUUCUGAUUCCAACAAAGAGAAGAAAUGGAGCUUCCAUGAUUACGUUAUUUGAGAGCAUAUAUGUUUUGUAAAUGAAAAGAUUUUUCGACUUGUAAAGAGCGAUUCAUGUCAAGUUGUUA